UGUCAGUACUGUCACUCAACCACUGUCGUCGUCUUGUGAUAUUUUUGAGGAAAUUUGUUAUUGUUUAUUUAUUUACAAUAAGAAACAGAGGUGAAUUCAAAAACGUAUUGUGGCAAAUAAUGGCACCGGGCAUUAUUUUAUUGUUUAGUGGUAAAAGAAAAUCAGGAAAAGACUUUUUAACCGAUCAUUUACAACAAGAGCUAAAAGAAAAAUGUGAAAUUAUUAAAAUAUCAGCACCAAUCAAAAGUCACUGGGCGAAAGAGAAAAAUCUAAAUUUGGAUGAACUCCUGAGCCACAGUGAAUACAAAGAGCAGUAUAGAUUAGAGAUGAUAAGAUGGAGCGAUAGUAUGAGAGAAAAAGACUAUGGCUACUUUUGUAGGGAAGCUUGUAGUAAUGCUUCUGAAAAACCUAUAUGGAUUGUCAGCGACAUAAGAAGAAAGAACGACAUACGCUGGUUUAAAGAAACAUACAAAGACCUUAUCAAAACUAUCAGGAUUACAGCAGAUUUAGAAACUCGAAUUAAAAGAGGAUUCCAGUUCAAAGACGGAGUGGACAAUGUGGCUUCAGAAUGUGAUUUAGAUGAUUAUGAUCAGUGGGAUUUAGUUAUAAAUAAUGGUGAAGGGAAUGUUUCUUUGCAGGAACAACUGAAUUGCAUAAAACAACUAUUGCCAAUUUUAUGAUCAAAUUAUUUAUCAUGGUAGCUAGAUUUGUUUUUGAAAUUAAAUAUACUUUUAUUUAUUAGGAAUCUCCAAAGAGAAUUGAAGGAGCCUUGUCCCGUGGCAGGUUAAGCUGUUUUAUUUUGUAUUAUAAUUAUUUUUAUAUGUAGUUAGUUAUUGAAAUGUUUUAUUAUAUUUAAUUUGUAUUAAUGGGUCCAAUAAAUGAAUGUUGAUUUUUACACUUAAGGAAAUGCAUGAAAAUAAAUUAAUUAU